CAGAGGAGCUUCAUCAGAACUUUGUGGUCACUCAGCUGAGUCCCAAGCUGCUGCCCGGCUGCGUGAUUGACGGCGAUGGCUCCUCCGCAGUAGGGCUCAGCCUGACCAUUAAUCUGAAUGGACUGUUGGGAUCCAUGGAGACGACAAAAGGAACAACAGGAUCAGAGGAAGUGAAGGAGCAGCUCACUAUGGAUGUAGACGGAGAGCCCGACCUGGACAGCUUUCCAAUUCUGGUCCGAUCCAUGUCGACGUCUCGGAGGCACAGCUGGGCGGUCCCUGUGUCCCCCAUCGACCUGGGGAGGAGACUGAGUCUGGAUACCAUGGCGAUGGACAGCGAUGGAGACAGAGAGGAUGACGAGGAGGGACAGAAAGGUCUCUUCCAGUCCACGCAGCAGCAGAGCCACAGCUGCACAGCGUGUCCUGCAGAGACACACGGCUGCAGGCUGAGCGUCAUGUGUCCCACAGCGGGGGUCACUCACAUGGCCGGCCGUGUGCCCGGCAGACACCUGUACUCCCGCUCAGAGAUCCUCGCCACAGACGAAUGUUCCCGUGCUGCACACAUCUCUCGUGUUGUGCAGACGUCCAAACAGGCGGCGAGGGCAGCAGGAGCAGAGGAGUUCGACCCUGAAGAACAUUUACACUCGACUGAAGGACAGAGCCACAUAGCGAAGCAGAGCAACAACAGGUCCGACAGCAAAGUUUCAGGAACUGUCACCUGGUACGAGUUCCUCUCUAAUGACUCAUGCUCUGCUCCUUCGUCCAGACAUGAAGAAGAGGAGGAUCGUUCAGAGAAGGUGGAGAAGGGCACCAAGGUGAAGAGGACUCUCAGCUCUCUGAGGAACAGGGUGACGGGCUCCUUCAAUAAAGAUAAGGGUAAGAACCGAGAGAAAGAGCAGCAGAAAGAGAGGGGGAGGGAGAAGGAGCCCAAAGAGAAAGUGUGUGGCAGCAGAAGAAGUAACGAGCAUUAUCUGGUGCCGGGCGCCUUCUCCAGCUGUGCCACCUGCUCGCUGUGCAGCAAGACGCUGCAGAGAAAGCAUGGCCUGCAGUGCAUGAAUUGUGCUGUGAACGUUCACAAGAGCUGCAAGUCUCUGCUCGGGGAGUGCACCGGCAGCAGGAACAAGAGAGAUUCUCAUCUGAGGACUGGCUCGUCUGGAUCUCCUCAUCUUGCGCUAAAGGACAGAGAGCGGGAGCACUCGGGCCUUGCCUCAUCACAGGCCCUGGAUGGCCACCCAAGUGUUCUCAGCACCCCAGGUAUGACCAUUAGUCCGUGGGGAACUCAGCCGACUGCCGCCCACGCCACCAGCUCCACCGCAGCCUCCAGCUUUGGCCACAACCUCCGUUACCACAACAGCUCAGGAUCCCUCCCCGGGGAGAUGGAUGAGACGGACGCUCUCCGCUCCAAACGCUGCAAUGAAGACGCCAUUUCCCUCGCUCCCUCCACCACCGAGUCCAUCAUCGUUGAGGAUGCUCAUUACGCAGCAGUGCGAGCUGAUCUGGAGUCUGAUGCUCAGGACCUGGAGGCAGAGUCCUGGAGUUUGGCAGUCGACCAGCAGUUUGUUAAGAAGCACUCUAAAGAAAUGGUGAAGCGACAGGAUGUGAUCUACGAGCUGAUGCAGACGGAGAUGCACCAUGUGCGAACACUGAAGAUAAUGCUGCGCGUGUACGUCCGGGAGCUGAAGGAGAACCUCCAGAUGGACUCGGGCAAGCUGGACUGUCUGUUCCCCCGUCUGGAGAACCUCCUGGAGCUUCACACACAUUUCCUGUCUCGUCUCAAAGAGCGGCAGCGAGAAAACCUGGUUUCUCCCAACGAGAGGAACUACGCCAUCGGCAGGGUGGCAGACCUUCUGAUCACGCAGUUCUCCGGCGAGGUUGGAGGGAGGAUGAAGGACGGCUAUGGAGAUUUCUGCAGUCACCACACGGAGGCUUUGAACUACUACAAAGAGCAGCUGCAGAACAACAAGAAGUUCCAACACAUCAUACGGAAAAUCAACAACCUGUCGAUCGUGCGGCGGUUGGGAGUGACGGAGUGUAUUCUGCUGGUGACGCAGCGCAUCACCAAGUACCCACUGCUGGUGGAGCGCCUGGCGCACAACUCUGAAGCGGGGUCAGAGGAGCACGAGGAGCUGACUCGGGCGCUGGGUCUGAUUAAAGACACCAUCGCGCAGGUCGACACGCUGGUUAACGUCCACGAGAAGAACACUCGACUCCGAGACAUACACAACAAGAUGGAGCCGAAGGCGCUGGGGAAAAUCAAAGAUGACCGAGUGUUUCGCAGGGAGGACCUGGCGCAGGGCCGGAGACGGCUGCUGCACGAGGGCACGGUCAACUGGAAGGCUGCUUCUGGCAGACUCAAAGAUAUUCUGGCAGUGCUCCUGUCAGACGUGUUUCUGCUGCUGCAAGAGAAGGAUCAGAGAUAUGUGUUUGCUACAGUGGAUAACAAGCCGUCAGUGAUCUCCCUCCAGAAGCUGAUAGUCAGAGAAGUGGCCCACGAAGAGAAAGCCAUGUUUCUUAUCUGUGCCUCCUCCAACGAGCCGGAGAUGUACGAGAUCCACACCGCCUCCAAGGAGGAGCGGAACACUUGGAUGGCACACAUACGGCAGGCUGUGGAGAGUUGUCCUCAUACAGAAGAGAGGCUGUUCAGCGAGGAGGAGGAGGCUCGAGCUUUCAGGUUCAAGGAAUUUCAAGAACGGCUGAGUCAGAAGGAUGCAGUGGUCAUGCACGCUCUCACUGAGAAGCUGCAGCUGUUUGCAGACAUGGCAGAGUCUGUGGCAGGUCUGGAGGACACGGCGUCCCGCUCCAGACUGCUGCUUCGAGGAGACGCCUCAGACCUCCAGCAGGGGGAGACGCUGCUUAAAGGAGCCAUCACUGAGGUGGAGAACCUCCAGAACCUGCUGCAGUCGGGAGUGAAGGAGGAGGCUCCGAGCUCACGGCUGGAGGAGGGCAGUGGCUCCGGGCUCCUGCCCAGGCGGGCGGACACGUUUGGGGGCUACGACAGCAGCCCCAGCAUCCUCAAUGGCAGUGUGAAGAAGAAGUUUUCUGGCGAGAGCAGAAACAGAGACAGAAGCCAGAGAGCCAGCUCUGACCCUCAGCUCAAAGACCUCUGUGGCAGCCACACCCUGGAGCAGACGGUUGAUGAGAGCUGCUCCUCUCCUGCCAGAUGGAACAGCAUCUGGUCCAACUCGUUCCCCGAGGCUGAGUUCUUCGACAGAGUGCUGAUGCUCUCCCAGAGGCUCUACAGUCUGCAGGCCAUCAUAUCGCAGCAGGACAGUCACAUCGAGCUGCAGCGGACCUCUCUGACGGAGCGGGCCUCGCUGCCCGGCCGCCACAGAGGCAACGUGCUCCUGGAGCAGGAGAAGCAGCGGACUCUGGCCCUGCAGAGAGAAGAGCUGGCCAGCUUCCACAAGCUGCAGUCUCAGCACCGGCAGGAGCAGCAGCGCUGGGAGAGGGAGCGGGAGCGGCACCGGCAGCAGGUGGACGCCACUGAGGCCAGGCUCCGACAGAGGGAGGAGGAGUGCAGGCGGCUGGAGGAGCAUCUGGCAGAAGAGAGGAAGGAGCUGGAGAGUCAGAGGCAGACGUACCAGCAGGACCUGGAGAGGCUGCGAGAGUCCACCAGGGCUGUGGAGAAAGAGAAGGAACGUCUGGAGCACCAGAAGAAGAUCAAGAGGAAGACUAUCGAGGUGGCUCCUCUGUCCGGCAGUCUGAACGGAGAUCUCCUCAUGUCCUCCGGCCUCAGCAGCUCCACCAGCGCCUCCGACCUGCCGCUGCCUCAGAAGCCUCUGGUACGCGCCAGCCUGUCCGUCGCACCGGCCGACUAUCCCGAGCGCCCUGAAGUGAUGUUGCGGCGGGAGGCGAGCGCUUCCGCGCUGCCGCUGAAGACGGAGGUGCCGCUUCAUCUCUUCAGCACCACCAACCAGCAGCACAAAGUGUUGGGGGUGCAGCAGCAGAUCCCCACCAAACUGGCCGCCUUCAGCGGCGGCAAAGGGAAGGGGGGAAAGAUCGGCAAAGCCUCACAUCGCACCGACAGCACCGCCUCGGUGGAUAUGAAGCAGAUGCUGCCGCUGAAGCUGUCCGCCCGAGACGACAACGCCCUCAAGGCAAAGCGCUCCAUCAGCCCCCACCAGCAGCUCCCGCUGUCAGCGCCUCCGCAGCCUCUUCCUCUGCAUCACCACGCAGAUCAACUCAGUCCUCCAGACAACACUGGAGCAGACUCCCAGCCCUCCUCCUCCAUCAGCACCUCCCACCCUCCGAAUGCUCAGAAGCCCCCCAUGCCUCCCGCACAGCCCCACCCUCAGCCUCCCACCAUCCCUCCCCACUCCCACAGCACCGGCUCCCUUCAGCUCCAGCCCCUCCUGCAACCGCAGGGCCUCAGUCCCACUGCUCAGCCACACGUGCAGGUAAAUGUUCACGGGCUCAGCCACAGCCCCAGCCUGCCGCCACCUUACAAGAUGGCCGCAGAAGACCUCAAUAAGGAGGAUGUCAUCUUCUUCUAAAGAUCAACAGCUGAUCACUAAAACAAAACAAUCUGAUGAUGAUGUGCGUUCAGUGAGCGGCUGAGCUGAGGAGGUCAGAUGUUUCUACUCCUUUGUUUUUAAGAUGGUUUCUUUUUAUUUAAUUUUUAGUUUAAUUUCUUAACUCCAGAGGACGAUGUGAAGAAGGAACCCAAACAAAAAGGCCUUUUGUAACGUUUAAAGUUGAACUGAUCCAAAGACGUUAUCUGUGAGACUGAAGAAACGACGUGUCAGGUCUGCUUCCACCGCACCUCCACAACAGAUGUUUCAUUUGCACAGUGUAAAUACUCAUGAAUGCAUCUUCCUGGACUGAAUGUGUAACGUUUGGGUGUACAGGUGCGUCUCAUUUCAUUCACCUUCAGCCUUUGUAAAGGUUUGCUUCCCUGCUUCUGCACCUCGUGGACAUCAGGAAGCCUCGCUGGCUUUGUCUCACAGAAACGUUCCCUUUAAGACGCGUGUGAUGCUGCGUGUUGUUUUUAACUGCUUCGCCGGAGAACAGAGCGUUGGAGGUCACAGGCAUCCGAGAGGACAGAACAAUUUUUAUACAGACUUAAUAUGCACUGAAAAUAUAAGUUAAUGAUUUUUGCACUCGUGAUCCAGUAGAAUAAAAGUAUCUCUUCCCAACAAACAGAAGUCCGACUGAAAGGCCUGAACGUGUUUCAUAGUGACGUCAUCUUAUUAUAUUCCACACGUUCCUCGCUAACCCGACACGUGUUGUCUCCUCUCGCAGGACAAACACAUCCAUCGAGUGAAGGGAUUUUAAAGUUGAUGAUUCUCCUCAUUUUUCACUCGAGUCAGGAAAAGUUCAUGUCCUGAUUUUGAAAAGCUCUUCAGAAGAGGAACUCAUCCUGACAGAUGUUCUCCCAAAGAGAUGUUCUAGAGAUGUUCUCCCAAAGAGAUGUUCUCCCAGAGAGAUGUUCUCCCAGAGAGAUGUUCUCUCAGAGAUGUUCUAGAUGUUCUCCCAGAGAGAUGUUCUAGAUGUUCUCCCAGAGAGAUGUUCUAGAUGGUCUCCCAGAGAGAUGUUCUAGAUUGUCUCCCAGAGAGAUGUUCUCCAGAGAGAUGUUCUUCCAGAGAGAUGUUCUCCCAGAGAGAUGUUCUUCCAGAGAGAUGUUCUCCCAGAGAGAUGUUCUCUCAGAGAGAUGUUCUAGAGGUGUUCUCUCAGAGAGAUGUUCCCGAGAGAACAUCUCUCUGAGAGAACAUCUCUAGAACAUCUCUAGAUGUUCUCUCGGAGAGAUGUUCUAGAGACGUUCUCUCACAGAGAUGUUCUAGAGAUGUUCUCCAAGAGAGAUGUUCUAGAGGUGUUCUCUCAGAGAGAUGUUCCCGAGAGAACAUCUCUCGGGAACAUCUCUUUUAUUGAUUCCUGACGACAUUUCGUUCGCUGGUUUUAAAUCUCUGAUGCAGAGUUACUGUGUUGGUGUGACCGGCUGCAGAGAAAGAAGAAGAAGAAGAAACGUGGAGACGUCCAUCUGAAGUUCUUCCUCCAUAUUUACGUGAGAGCCCUUUAAAUCAUGAAGUCGUUGACACGUGUCCCGUGUCUCUGACGGCUCGCCGGAGUUUGUUUCUGUAUAUGAUGUAUAUCGUUGUACAUACUGUAUGUUCUGCGCCGGCUUCUUGUAUCAGGAACAGAGAUGUUCGACGUGCAUCAAGAUGCAAAAGUCAGCCAAAAGUCUGUUUGUGCAGAUGUGCAUAUACACUUAAAAUACACACGUGUGUGUGUGUGUGUGUGUGUGCGUGUGUUCACGGUACUCGCUUGGAGAGAGUCGUGGCAGUUCAAUGAAACCACAUCAGUCGUUGUUGUGAAGGUGUGUGUGUGUGUGUGUGUGUGUGUGUGUGUGUGUGUGUGUGUGUGUGUGUGUGUGUGUGUGUGUGUGUGUGUGUGUGUGUGUGUGUGUGUGUUGAUGUUGCUGUCCCCUUUCUUUCUCCUGCAAUCCAAGUUUCACCAAGAUUAUGUAGCAACCCUGAAACUAAACCACCUGCUUGAGUUAAACCAAAGACACGGUGAGCUUUCCUGCCUGAGCUCUCGUGUGACGCUGCUGUGUUCCUCUAAACAUCCUGCAGGGAGCGUCCACAACAAGUGUGUGUGUGCAGGUGUGUGUGUAGUGCAGCUCGUGUCCUGCUGCAGGUCUCGUUCUCGAGGUUUGCUUUCUGCUCAGAGCGACUGCAGCUGCCCUCAGUCGUCUCAUGAUAUCAUCUUAUCUUCUGAGAACACCAGUUUUAAAGUGGUGCUUGUGAAUGAUUUAUUUUUUAUACAGAUUUGUCGAUUUUUUUUUUUUAAAUCAACUAAUGGAUUACUAAGAAUGUCUUCAGUGGACGAGCAUCAGACGGGGAGUUCAAGUUCUUCUCGUGCCAAAACUCUGCUUGAGAUUCUUCAGAAUCAGGAGCCGACGUGUGUUUAUGUUCUCCGUCUCUGAAGCAGCACAGCCGUGUAAUAUCUGCGUGUUCUCAGUGGGACACUUCAAUCCCAACUCACAGCCUGGAGCUUUCAUCCAUGUCCCAUGGUCUUCAUCAGAAUAGUGAAGCCUCUUGUGAGAGGAGAGGGUGGAGCUUGAGUUGGGAUUUAUUUGACUUUUCAUGACAUUCCCAUGUUUGUCCAUUUCCCCGUAUCUCCAAGUGUGUCCUUUUAAUUCAGUGAGCGAUGUCAGGCAGCAGGAACAUCUGGUGUAAGAGCCCUUUAGUUCUGCUGCUGGUACGACGUGUGUGUGUGUGUGUGUGUGUGUGUGUGUGUGUGUGUGUGUGUGUGUGUGUGUGUGUGUGUGUGUGUGUGUGUGUGUGUGUGUGUGUGUGUGUGUGUGUGUGUGUGUGUGUGUGUGUGUGUGUGUGUGUGUGUGUGUGUGUGUGUGUGUGUGUGUGACUGGACCUGUACUGUGUAAAUAAUCAUGGACAUAUUUCACUUCCUCUGCCACACUGUACACUAGUCACUUUGGAUAGUAACAUACUUGAAGGGGAAAAUGAAUGUUUAUAAUGAUUAUUAUUAUUAUUAUCUGUGAACUCUUUACUUACCAAGAUUUGUCUAAUGACGUUUGUAGCACAAAGCAAAACUGAUUUUUGUACCGUUGUAUUCCCCUGAGACGUUAGACGACCUGUGGACACAAACUGCUGCCUUAGAGAGAACGUAGUGAUAAUAAAAGUCUUGAAAUGA